AUGUCUGAUUAUGAAGAUGAAGCAAUCCAAAAUGAAGGGGUUAGCGUUGAUGCAAAUGCAAGUAGUAAAACACCCGGUGCCUCUAAGUCAAAGAAACGAAAAAUUAGUCGAACAAAAUCUGAGGAACUUCAUGCUGACACUAAAUUGAAUGGCACAAGUUCUUUAAAAGCUCACAUUAAAAGCUGCCCAAAAUGUCCCUAUAGUAGUACCGACCCUACACAAACCGAACUAAUUGCCCCUUCAUCAGAAGGAGAGUCUUUAAGUUUUGGGAAAUUUGAUGCAACUGCAAUUAGAAAGUCUGUGGCUGAAAUGAUCAUAAUUGAUGAAUUGCCUUUUAGGUUUGUGGAAGCAAAGAGGUUUAGAAAAUGCAUGUUUACUGCUUGUCCUAGGUUUCGUAUGCCAUCUAGAUGGACUGUUGCUAGAGAUUGUUACAAGAUUUAUUUGGAUGAAAAGAAAAAUGUGUCCAACAUUUUGAAAUCUUCUUGUGCUAGAGUUUCUCUUACCACUGAUAGUUGGACAUCAUUGCAAAGAGUGAAUUAUAUGUGUCUUACAUUGCAUUAUAUUGAUAAUGAAUGGAAAGUGCACAAAAGAAUACUUAAUUUUUGUCCAAUUUCUAGUCAUAAGGGAGAAGAUAUUGGUAAGGCAAUUGAGAAAUGUUUGCGGGAUUGGGGACUUGAUAAUGUUUUCACUAUCACAGUAGACAAUGCUAGUUCAAAUGAUGUUGCUACGGGGUAUUUGAGGAAGAAGUUCAAUAAUUUGGGUAGUUCGAUUUUAGAUGGGAAAUUUCUUCACAUGAGAUGCAUUGCUCACAUUGUUAAUUUGGUUGUGAAUGAUGCUUUGAAGGAAAAUAAUGAAUCAAUUUGUCGUGUUAGAGGGGCAGUGAGAUAUGUGAGACAAUCACCAUCUAGAUUGCAAAAGUUUAAAGAAUGUAUUCAAAUGGAGAAAAUUCAAUCCAAGGCUUUGUUAAGCUUAGAUGUAUGCACUAGGUGGAAUUCUACUUAUCUUAUGUUGGAUUCAGCACAAAAGUUUGAGAGAGCCUUUGAGAGAUUUGAGGAGCUUGAUCCACAUUAUGGUCAUGACCUUUUGAAUAGUGAAGGAAUUCCUGACCAUGAUGAUUGGGAAAAUGUUAGGAGGUUGUGCAUGUUUUUGGGUCAUUUCUAUGAUCCUACUGUGAAAGUUUCAGGCUCAUUGUAUGUUACUUCAAAUACUUAUUUUCCAGAAAUAUGUGAAGUGUAUUCUAUUUUGCGUGAUUGGAUAAAGAGUCGGGAUUCACAUUUUAGUUCAAUGGCACAAAGAAUGAAAGAUAAAUUUGACAAGUAUUGGGGAAAUGUGGACAAAAUGAAUAUGUUGUUGUAUGUUGCAACUGUGCUUGACCCUAGGAGAAAGUAUGUGUAUGUUGAUUUUUGUUUCAAAAGGAUGUAUUCAAAUGAUGAAGUCUCUAUAUUGUCCAAAAAGCUUAGACAAGUGAUGAUGGAUUUGUUUAAUGAAUACAAGAGGUUGCAUGAAUCUUCUUCUUCUUCAGUAGUUGAGACUUUUCAAUCAAAUGAGAUUGUAAGUGAGGACAUGCCUUCUAUACCUCAACCUCCAAAGAAAGGGAAACAAAAAGCUGUUAAUAAGGAAUUCAUGAAGUAUUUGGAAGAAAUUGGUUGUGCUAAUCAAAUCACAGAGUUGGAUAAGUACAUUACUGAACAACUUGAGAAUGGUGGUGAGGAUGAUGAGUUUGAUAUACUUAAUUGGUGGAAAACAAAUGCGCAUAGACUUCCCAUUCUUUCAAGCUUAGCUCGCGAUGUAUUGGCUAUACCUAUUUCCACUGUUGCUUCUGAAUCAGUGUUCAGCACAGGUGGUCGAGUUCUUGAUAGUUAUAGGAGUUCUUUAACUCCUAGAGUUGUACAAGCUCUCAUUUGUGCUCAAGAUUGGCUAAGAAAUGAAACUGAAGACUCAAUUGAUGGUGAAAUUGAGUACGAAACGGGAGAGAUUGAUAAAGUUGACUUGGGUUUGAAUUUUGAAGGAAUUGAAGAUUUUAGGGAUUUGAAGCUUGCAUUUUUAUGGACUGUUUUUCAAUCUUCAAAAGUUCAAAGGAUUUGGCAGAAUGUUCAUCAAUCUUUCAUCAACUAUUUUAUGUAG